AAAUACUCUACAGGAGAACCCAGCUGCUGUUGUUGCCCCUCGCUCCUCCUACCAAACAGUUUGGGAAAUGUUUGCUGGACAGUCUGAACUGGAGAGGGAUUCUUUUCUGCAAGAUGUUUUCCCAGGUGGUUUCCUCUGGGGCACAUCCACAGGUGCCUUUAACAUUGAAGGAGCUUGGGCAGAGGAUGGGAAAGGGGAGAGCAUCUGGGAUCAGUUUGGGCAUGCAGGCCAUGCACACCUGAACCAAACAGCAGACGUGGCAUGUGACAGCUACUACAAGACCAGCUAUGACAUUUUCCUGCUCAGGGGUCUUCACCCCCAGCUGUACAAGUUGUCUGUGUCCUGGCCUAGGAUUUUCCCUACUGGCACCAAUGAGACCAUCAACUCCAAAGGUGUUGAUUAUUACAACCAGUUAAUUGACCAGUUGUUGGACUCUCACAUCGAGCCCAUGGUGACUCUGUUCCACUGGGAUCUCCCCCAGGCUCUGCAGGCCCUUGGGGGCUGGCAGAAUGACAGUGUCAUAGAUGCUUUUGUGAGCUAUGCAGACUUCUGCUUUUCCACUUUUGGAGAUCGAGUCAAGCUCUGGAUCACAUUCCAUGAGCCCUGGGUUAUCAGCUACGCUGGCUACGGCACCGGGGAGCAUCCCCCAGGAAUCGCUGACCCAGGAGUGGCAUCUUACAAGGUGGCUCACACAAUUCUCAAGGCUCAUGCCAAGGUCUGGCACCUGUACAAUGACAAAUACCGCUCUCAGCAGCUGGGAAAGGUGGGGCUGGUGCUGAACUCGGACUGGGCUGAGCCCAAGACUCCAGCCAGCUCUGAGGACGUGAGGGCAUCUGAGAGGUACCUGCAGUUCAUGCUGGGCUGGUUCGCCCACCCCAUAUUUGUCAAUGGCGAUUACCCAGAGAUCCUGAAGGCUCAGAUCCAGGCAGUGAACCAGCACUGCUCUACAACAGUGGCACAGCUGCCUGUGUUUACAGAGGAGGAGAAGUCCUGGGUGAAAGGGACUGCAGAUUUUUUUGGCCUUUCCCACUACACUUCCCGCCUGGUCAGUGCUGGGGCUAACGAGACCUGCGCUCCAGGAUACGAGAGCAUUGGGAACUUCUCCUUGCACGUGGAUCCUUCCUGGCCACAGGCUGCCUCUUCCUGGAUCCAUGUGGUCCCUUGGGGGUUGAGAAGGCUGCUGAAGUUUGUAUCCCAGGAAUACACAGGGACAAAGAUCCCAAUAUACAUAGCAGGGAACGGUGUGCCCACGGGAGACACGGGGGAUCUCAUUAAUGACACCCUGAGAGUGGAUUAUUUCCGACGGUACAUCAACGAGGCCCUAAAAGCGGUGAAACACGACGCCGUCGAUGUUCGGUCGUACGUUGCUCGGUCCCUGGUUGAUGGCUUUGAAGGCCCACUGGGGUACAGCUUGAAGUUUGGGCUGCAUCAUGUGGACUUUGAAGACAGCAACAGAGCAAGGACUCCCAAGGCAUCUGCUUAUUUUUAUUCCAGUGUUAUUGAAAAGAAUGGUUUUCCAUCCGAAGCCUUGGGCAGAUCUUCUGCACCGCUGGUGUUUGACCGACCCGCACCAUCAAAGUUGCCAAAUUUACCAGCAUCAGAAGUUCCCUCCAAGGCAAAGGUUGUCUGGGAGAAGUUUUCAUCUCAGACUGCCUUUGAAAGAGACAUGUACUUUCAUGGGACAUUCCCAGAGGGCUUUACCUGGGGUGUGUCUUCUUCUGCCUACCAGAUCGAGGGAGGCUGGGAUGCUGAUGGCAAGGGGCCCAGCAUUUGGGAUACCUUCACCCAUGUCCCAGGGAAUGUAAAGAAUAAUGACACUGGAGAUAUUGCUUGUGAUAGCUACCACAAGGUGGAGGAAGAUAUUUACCUGCUGAGAGCCUUGGGGGUAAAGAACUAUCGUUUCUCCCUGUCCUGGCCUCGAAUUUUCCCCACUGGAAGGAACAACUCAAUCAACAACCAUGGAGUUGACUACUAUAACCGUCUCAUUGACGGGCUGGUCGCAAACAACAUCACUCCAGUUGUCACUCUCUACCACUGGGACCUGCCCCAAGCCCUCCAGGACAUCGGUGGCUGGGAAAACGAUGCCCUGAUUGACCUGUUUGACAGCUUUGCAGAUUUCUGUUUCCAGACCUUUGGGGACAGGGUGAAAUUCUGGAUCACGUUCAACGAGCCCUACAUCAUUGCCUGGCUGGGCUAUGGCCAGGGGAUGUUCCCUCCCAAUGUCCAAGACCCUGGCAGUGCUCCCUACAGGGUUGCCCACAUCCUGCUGAAGGCCCACGCCAGGGUCUACCACACCUACGACGACAAGUACAGGGCCAGCCAGGGAGGGGUCAUCGCCCUGUGCCCCUACAUCCACUGGGCCGAGCCCAAGUCCCCCAGUGACCCCCGGGACGUGGAGGCCGCAGACAGGUACCUGCAGUUCAUGGUGGGCUGGUUUGCACACCCCGUUUUCAAAAACGGGGACUACCCCGAGGCGAUGAAGUGGAAGGUUGGGAACAGGAGUGAGCUCCAGGGGCUGCCCUCAUCCCGCCUGCCGGCAUUCACGGCGGAGGAGCGCGAGUACAUCCGGGGCACGGCGGACGUGUUCUGCUUCAACACCUACACCUCCAAAAUCAUCACCCACUCCACAACCCGCCUGAAACCCCCCUCCUAUGAGUAUGACCAGGAAGUUUCAAUCAGCACUGACAGCUCCUGGCCUUACUCAGGUCUCGAAGGCCAUCGGCCCGUGGCCUGGGGGCUCAGAAGGCUCCUGAACUGGAUCAAAGAGGAGUAUGGAAAUCCCCCCAUAUACGUCAUUGAGAACGGGGUGGCAGUAAACACCGCAUUGGAUGUGGAUGACAAUGCCAGGAUAUUUUACUACAAAACAUACAUUGAUGAAGCUUUAAAAGCUUCCAGGUUAGAUGGUGUUAAUCUGAAGGGAUACAACGCUUGGUCUCUCAUGGAUAACUUUGAGUGGACGGAUGGUUAUGAGCCAAGGUUUGGAUUGCUCCAGGUUGAUUUCAACAACCCCAACAGGCCCAGGACCCCAAAACGCUCGGCUGUGUACUACGCUGAAAUCAUCCGCAAUAAUGGGAUCCCACUGCCCAAAGAGGACGAGUUUUUGUAUGGAGAGUUCCCAAAGAACUUCUCGUGGAGUGUAGCAACUGCAGCAUACCAGAUUGAGGGAGGAUGGAGAGCAGAUGGGAAAGGACUGAGCAUUUGGGACAAGUAUGCUCACACUCCCCUGAGAAUCAGCAACGAUGACACCGGAGAUGUAGCUUGUGACAGCUACCACAAGAUUGAGGAGGAUGUGGAAAUGCUGAAAAGCCUCAAGGUGUCUCACUAUCGGUUUUCCAUCUCCUGGCCCCGUGUUCUCCCAGAUGGCACCACCAGGUACAUCAAUGAAAUGGGACUGAACUACUACGAAAGGCUCAUCGAUGCUCUGCUGGCAGCCAACAUUAAGCCUCAGGUAACUCUGUAUCACUGGGACCUCCCACAGGCCCUGCAGGACGUCGGUGGGUGGGAGAAUGAUACAAUAAUUCAGAGGUUUAAGGAAUAUGCUGAGCUCCUUUUCCAGAGACUGGGAGAUAAAGUGAAAUUUUGGAUAACCCUCAAUGAACCCUACAACACUGCAUAUCUUGGCCAUGGUGUUGGCACAGCUGCUCCAGGAAUCUCCACCCGGCCGGGCCGAGCUCCCUACGUGGUGGGACACAACUUGAUAAAGGCCCACGCCGAGGUCUGGCACCUCUACAACGAGACCUACAGGGCCAGACAGGGAGGGUUGAUCUCCAUCACCAUCAGCUCUGACUGGGCAGAGCCACGGAACCCACACAAGCAGGAGGACAUCGAAGCCUCCAGACGGUUCAUGCAGUUUCUCCUAGGUUGGUUUGCCCAUCCCAUUUUCAAGAACGGUGAUUACAAUGAGGUGAUGAAGAGAAGGAUUCGGGAGCGCAGCCUGGCCCAGGGCCUGAGCCAGUCCCGACUUCCAGAAUUCACUGAAAGUGAAAAGCAAAGAAUUAAAGGCACGUACGACUACUUUGGUCUAAACCAUUACACCACAGUUUUAACAUACAACCUAAACUUUCCCGGGGCUGUUCAGUCAUAUGACUCUGACAGGGGUGUGGCCACGGUGAGCGACCGCAGCUGGCUGGGCUCUGGCUCUACCUGGCUGAAGGUGACACCCUUUGGAUUCCGGAAGAUCCUGAGGUGGAUCAAGGAGGAGUACAACAACCCCCCCGUUUAUGUGACUGAGAAUGGGAUCUCGGAGAGGGGGGCCUUUGUGUUCAAUGACACUCAGAGGAUGCAUUACUACCGGAGCUACAUCAACGAGGCACUGAAAGCCGUGGUGCACGAUGGUGUCGACCUACAGGGUUACACCGCGUGGACCCUGAUGGACAACUUCGAGUGGGCCGUGGGCUUUGAUGAAAGACCCAGCAACGGGCCCACAUCCCUGUCUGGAACCGGAGCCAGAAGUGACACCAACAGACCCCACUCCAGGAGCAGCUGCCACCGUGAGCUUUUUGGGAUUGGAUUUGACGUCCCAGAGUGCGGAAAUCGCCCUGUAUGUGCUUUUUGCUCUUUCGGGAGUUGGAGCCUUGGCCUUGGCUCUUUUUGGAUACAAAUAUGGAAAAUUAGUCAAAAGAUCCCGAAAACAAUCACACAUGGAACUGAAAAGUAAAAUGUAAUAUUUCCACUUGCUCAAAUGGUUGUUGGGUUUGGUUUUUCUUUAAAAAAAGUUUCUACCACCAGGAGAAGAAACUUGGUGCUCGUACUGCUGCAGCUUUGUGUCUUGCCUCAGAGAUGGCUCCCCAGCAUUGUGGUGUUUGCUUUUCCCAGCUUUAAAAUGAAGAGGAAAAUUAUUUUUCUAUGUUAACUGUCUUUUUUCUCCAUGGGCAUCGUUGCUUUGAUUUUUUGAGGACCAAAGUCAAAGUGCUUGUUCCUACCUGUAUAUGAGGUUUCUGAGUUUCAGCAGGAACCUGUUUGUGUUUCAGCAUCUUCAGUGGAUCUGAGGGGAGCCCCUCAAAGCUCUACUGCUUCUUAGUGGUUUUAGGACAAGUUAGUGCCUAUACUGGUGAAAACUGGUCUAGAAUGUACUGUUCUAGUGCAGCUACUGCACAGAUUGGGUUUUUACCCCCCUUUACGUCAUGUACAGCAAGGUCAUUUAAACUGGAUCAAAAUGUUUCUCUGCUGUGUUUUGAGUUUCCUUGCUUCCCUGUGCCACAAGAACUUCCGAGGAACUUCACGAGACAGUGAUGUUUUUCUGGAAAAUAGUUUAUUGAGUGCUUAGGGAAUUAAAAACUACAAGGUUUUGCUUGCAGUUGCAGAAGCAAGAAAAAAAGUUAAACAUAAAUUAGUUACCUGAUUUGCUACUUAUAGUGCUUCUGAAACCCUCAUUUUAAUCAGUCAUUGUCUACCAUGACCUUUAUAUUAAUAUAUCUGGCCCUUAGAUUCAUGUAGCAGAAUAUUUAUAGAUUAAAAAGUGCCUUUCUAUGGCAGAGGGUAAUAAUUAUGAAAGCUGAUGGAGGUUUUCAGUCUUUUUACUUUUUUUGCUUCUAGGUCUCACCUAUACUCACUUGAUUUUUCUGACAUAGGUGACUCCAUUCCAUACUCCACCGCAGGAAUAAGAAUUAAGUAAUUCAGUCAGUGUAAAAUAAGCCCCACUUGUCCAGAACCUUUAGAUCAAAUAAGAGAAGAGAAGGAAAAAAAAAAA